AGGUGUAGUGUUGUGUGAAUUAUACGCGUAACACGAAUUUGUGCAUCGAGUUCUGAGCAUCGAAUUAGGCCACAUAGCGAUCUCUCCCUAAAAUACCGCUGGUUGUCGACGUAUCAAGUUAAACUGAGUGUGGCGGGAAAGUGAUGUCCAGAAAGGCCGCGAGCUGGUAAUGUGAUGUCAUCAAAAGGGGAAACAGAGGCCGAUUCAGGCACCGUGUCGCCGAACCUGCCUGCAGUCAAAAAUGAACCGGCAACCACAGCUAGUAAAGAAGAAACACCUAAACGAGGCAGCACGCUGCUAAAAUGCACAACUUGCAACACAUUUAGCACCCUAAGCAGCCGCGCGCUGACCACGCACAUGGCGCAGUGCUCGCCCGACAACAACAAUGUGGCGGCCGCGCAGGCGGACGCCCGCCCUCACAGGAAGCUCUUCGAGUGCGACGUCUGCAACAUGAAGUUCUCCAACGGCGCCAACAUGCGCCGCCACAAGAUGCGCCACACCGGCGUCAAACCUUACGAAUGCAGAGUCUGUCAAAAGAGAUUCUUCCGCAAGGACCAUCUAGCGGAACAUUUCACCACACACACAAAGAGCUUGCCGUACCAUUGCCCGAUAUGCAACCGAGGGUUCCAGCGCCAGAUCGCCAUGCGCGCGCAUUUCCAGAACGAGCAUGUCGGCCAGCACGAUCUUGUCAAAACUUGCCCUCUCUGCAGCUACCGUGCCCCCACCAUGAAAAGCCUCAGAGUUCAUUUCUUUAACAGACACGGCAUCGACCUAGACAACCCAGGAACCGGCAACAACUCUGUUUCCCUGCUAGCAGCCGGCAUAGCCAACGCCGCGUACGCCGACGGCUCCAUGGACGCGAGCGCCAUCAACGCCCUGGGGGCUCUAGGCUCCGGGCUGUCCGUGUCCGUGGCAGCCGCGUACUCGGACAGCGGCGACAGCAACGGUGCUCGCUCCGUCGACAACGCUACACCGCCCAUGCACUAUCUGACCCCGCACGUGGAGAUAUCUAUGGCCGACAACAACGAGACGUUCUCUCCGGGACAGUCUAACCAUCUAAAUAAUUCCGAUUCGCGCAUGAACGGCGAGGGUGGCAGCUCGCCGCAGUCGGGCGACAGCGCGGGCGCCGUUGCCAGCUCGUCGCUCGCGCAGCUCCCCGCCGGCAUCACGCCAUCCAUCACGCUCAUUCCUAUCAAGCAGGAGCCGAACGCGGAGGAAUCGGGCGGCGGCGAGUCGCAGGGCGAGGCGAACGGCGACAAGCGUGGCGUGUCGUCCAGCCUAUCGUCGCUCAUCAAGGUGUCGCCGCUCAAGAGCCUGCUGCGCGAGGACCUGCGCCGCCGCAUCAGCGCCCGAGGCCGCGCUCGAGGCUCCAACAGCUCCCGCGCGUCGCCGUCGGAGGGCGGCGUGAUCACGUCGACGCACGGCGACGCCGCGCUGGCGCCCGCCUCGCUCAUGUGCUCGUUCUGCUCCAUCACCUUCCCCGACUCCACGCUCUACUUCCUGCACAAGGGCUGCCACUGCGACUCCAACCCCUGGAAGUGCAACAUCUGCGGCGAGCAGUGCUGCAACGUCUACGAGUUCAACUCCCACCUUCUCAGCAAAAGUCACCAAUGACUGUUUGCAGGGGGGCCGUUCCGAUAAUAAUGACUUUGUGUUUCGUGAUGCACUUGCGCGGUGUGUGCAUAGUACGAGCGCUUCGGAGCUUCACUGUCGUCUUCGAUUACGCGAUUCUGUUCUCAAUCUACUGUGUCGGGCGCUGAAGGGCUUCGAACUCGCUAUGCGCUGAACGUCCCCCCGAAGAUAUCAUUUUAAAAGUGCAAAUUAUGUCGAGUUAUAUUUUUAGCGGUUAUAUUUGUUAUGUUAAAAUGCGUGAAGAUAUUUAUGCGGAUAUUUUAGUACUUAAAGAAAAGGGUUUAUAAAAGGGUAAUAUUAAAUUAUAAUUGUGACGGGGUCAGAUAGAUUUGGGGUACAAGCUAGCAACUAAAUUGAAAGCUGAAAGUGGUACCACUCGGUAAUGAUAAAUAUUACAUUCCAAAACGUGACGUAGCAUUCCAUGAUGAGAGAUUCGAGUCUUUGGUGGGGAAUAUUAUUGUAACUAAAAGUAUCUCCUCUAUCCAUUUUAAAAUAAUCACGAAAACUAAUGUAGUGUGUUGCUGCACCUUACAUCACAAUGAAAUCGCAACUCGCGGAUGCAAUGUUAGAAACAUUGUAUGUGUAGGUAUACUAAAUGGAUAGUAAAGGGACACUUGUAUUGGUUUACCAUUCUACUUUUCAGUACUUAAUUGUACUACGACUAUAUCUAAUCUAAAUUUUAAAAGUAUUUUUGGUGCGAUAGUGAAUUUUACAAAUGUUUUAAAGUAUGGUGGAAAUUGUACAAAUUAAUAUAUUUUUACAUUUCACUGUUGAGAAGAGAGGGCCUAGCCUGUAUUUCCGUGAUUAUUUACUUAUUGUGAUUGUGUACAGACAGGAAUUAUAAAUUCUACAUUCCAUUUUUAUGUUAUUAUUGUUUCUUAAUAUGCAUGUAAUGCAAGUCCACGACUAAUAUUUAAUGUACAAGUUAUAUUUUGUUGUUAUUAUUUAUUUUUCUAAAAAUACGUCUUGUCUUUAAUAGCUACUUAUGUUUCAUUAUUUUUAAAUAGAGUGGUGCGUUAUUAAUUAUGGUCAUAUGUACUUAUUUCAUUCUCAAUCUAUACAAUGUUCCUUUCGUCAGUUCAGUUGUAUGAUAUUAUCGUUAGUUGAAUUGUUUAAAAUUGAAAACGAAAAAUAUUGAAGGCACACUUGCUCAAAAUAGCUUAAAGUGUGGGGCAUGGCAUCGUCGCACAAAAGCAUUAUAAUAAAAUUUCUAUUUAAAUUAAUUGGAGUAAUGUAGUUUUAUAAAACACUUUCAUGUAUGCUUAUGGAAGUUUAAAAUCGAAUCGUUCAAUUCGAAGGUACUUAAUUUUAUUUAAUAUCAAGGUUUACAAAAGCCCCAUUAGAUUUAGCGAAACUGACCCGUAUCAUAUAAUUGUACUAUCCGAAAGAUUUUAUUAUGUCUUGCGUCCUAAAUGCAAAGCCGUCGUUUUCCAGCUAAGAGAACGCUUACGGUCCAUGGCCGUGCAAAACCCUCGGAACCAAUAUUGCCUGGUCGUAUUUGUUUUUGCGUACCGGAUCCGGAUCGGAAGUUAGCGUUCUAAUACAGAAGUGCUCAACCUAAUGGCAAACGAUAUUGAUCUCUUUUAUUUUGAAGAGUUAAAUUUCUAUAUUGACUUUCAAUUUAUCAGUUAGGUAAAUAAAAUAUAUUUCAUUUGUGUGCUUAUAGAGACAUAUUGGUUUAAUUAUACAAUUUAAAAUGCUAUAGGUUAAUGAAAUUAAUUUUGUAAUGUAGCUGUUAAUUAUGUUUUAGUACAUUUUUCGUGUUUAACGUAAUUGGUCAGUCCGUUCCAUUUUCAUUGAAGUAACCUGAGAUUUACAUUCCUGUAGCUCUUAAGUACUUACUUUCGGUUGUGGUCUUGCCUGUUAAGUUUACGAAAUUACUUAGAUGGAACUGAAAUUAUGUUUUACCAACGAAGUUAUAUAUUUGUUUUGUUAUGUGGUCAUCGCGUGUAUAAAGUAGGCCGGCGCGGCGCGGGACCGUCCGUGAGUUACCUGAAACGAGCAACAUAUUUAUUUACAGAGGUUCUUAUAUUAUGCUGUUUCAUUGUUGGUUUUGCAACUUGAUUGUUUACUUUUAUUUGGUCCCGCCGCCGCGCCACAGUUAGUUAAGGUAGAGUCUAAGAGCUAUUAAUAUUAUUAACCGGUCACCCCAUUGGGCGCCUUUACUUAAUCCGUCCAUGUCUAAUGAUAGAUAUUGCCUUUAAUAUUUAAUAAAAAAUAAUAUAUUUUGUAGAUUUUAGAUAUGACUAGGGAGAGAUGUUAAUUAUAAAAUGGUUAAAUAAUUGCAGAGAUUUAAAUAUGUAGUAAUAAUUUAUUUAACAUUUAACGUAAAUCUCUGCAUUGCUAAAAAGUUAUUAAUUGUGAUGUCAACCAAUAAUGUAACGAGUAAUGACAUUUUAUUUACUUCAGAUUAAAAUAAAAUUAUGACAUGAUUUUAUUCCAUCCCUCACUUAUAUAGAAACUGUCCAGGAUUUGAAGGAAUUAUAAUAUACAUAUACAAAGGUAAUAUUAGAGAAAUCGGUAUCCAGCCACCGACACGUUAUUGAAGGUUUAUUUAUUGAUUGCUGUUGACAUAUUUACAUUGUUUAUGGACUCGCAGAUUUGUAAAUCGCGUUAAUUUCAUCACGAGAGAAAUGUUUAUCGUUAAAAUUCUAAUAUAUAUACUUUAUUUUUGUGGAGUAGUUAUAUUGUAAGUACAAAAUAAGUAUUGGAAGUUGUGUUAUACCACAGCCAAUUGUUAAUGUUAUUUGUGAAAUACGUGAAACAGUAUUUUAAUUAAAAUUUCUAAAUUAGAAAGAAAAGUUGAAAGUAGAAAGUUGGCAAAGGGAUAUGUUUUAGAAUUUCACAAAGCAAAAUAAUUAUUUGUUCAUAAUGCCGCAUCUAUAGAAUUCUAUAGAUGAUUUUAUAUUACUAAGCACUCAGUCCAAGUCAACAACAAGCCUUUAGUAUAGCGACCCUCACCUUAAUACCAAAACACAGCUUACCAACAUUAUAUAUUUUUUAAGUUGUUAUAUAUAUGUACUUAAGGGUAGAUAAAUAUAAAUUAAUGUGGUUAAAAGCAAUUGCUUGUAAUUUUAAACAGUUGAAAGCGUCGUUAAUAUUUUGCUGUUACAUUUAUUGUGUUGUCAAUUGAAAUGAAAAUAAUAUUUAUUAAUAUUAAAAGGGAUACUACAUAUUUUAUGAAAAACCAGUUUGUAAUUGUGAGUGAUAGUUACUAUAUCAAGUUUUAGCAGAUUGUGCCUUAGAUCAAUACUUUAAUAUUUUAAACAUAUUUAAAGAGACAUUUUUUGGAAAUUGUUUAAUAUAAUAUAUCUCAUAUCUAGAUGUGUGUAUUUUAAAAUAAAAUAUUGUCACAUUAGAGUUAUAUAUUUAUACACAAACUAGGAAAUCAAUGACCUGUUAAUUAUUUAUGUAUAAGACAAUGUACGCAAUAUGGCUGUUGCUUGUUUUUAUGAAAAGUUUAUUUUGCAGUUAGGAAAUAUAAUUUUCUCUUAUCGUCCUGUAACGGUAAAUUAAGAUUAUAUUAUAAAGGAUUGGUACUUAUUACCAUAAUCUAGUUCUAUUUAUUUACGUUUAAUUUGGUAAAGGGUCUAAUAAAAUAUUAAUAAAUUAUGAA